GCUGCUGUACUUUAACAUCGCUUGACUCGAACAAUGGCCUCACAAACUCACAGCAAGAAAAGAGUCUGUUAUUAUUACGAUGGAGACAUUGGAAAUUACUACUAUGGCCAAGGUCAUCCUAUGAAGCCACACAGAAUACGUAUGACACACAACCUUAUACUUAACUAUGGACUGUAUAGGAAGAUGGAAAUUUAUAGACCACACAAAGCCACACAAGAAGAAAUGACAAAAUUCCACAGUGAUGACUAUAUCAAGUUUUUACGAAGUAUAAGACCAGAUAACAUGUCUGACUACAACAAACAGAUGCAGCGAUUUAAUGUUGGAGAAGAUUGUCCUGUAUUUGAUGGAAUGUAUGAAUUCUGUCAGCUGUCAACUGGUGGCUCAGUAGCUGGUGCAGUAAAAUUAAACAAGCAAGCAGCUGAUAUUGCUAUUAACUGGGCUGGUGGACUUCAUCAUGCCAAGAAAUCUGAAGCUUCAGGCUUUUGUUAUGUCAAUGAUAUCGUACUGGCUAUCUUAGAAUUACUUAAAUAUCACCAGCGUGUUCUAUAUGUAGAUAUUGAUAUACAUCAUGGUGAUGGUGUAGAAGAAGCAUUUUAUACUACAGAUAGAGUAAUGACUGUCUCAUUCCAUAAAUACGGGGAAUAUUUCCCUGGUACUGGGGACCUCAGGGAUAUAGGUGCAGGCAAAGGGAAAUAUUAUGCUGUAAACUUCCCACUCAGAGAUGGUAUAGAUGAUGAUUCAUACGAAUCCAUAUUUAAACCAGUGAUGACAAAAGUGAUGGAGAUGUACCAACCUAGUGCAAUUGUACUGCAAUGUGGAGCUGAUUCCCUGUCUGGUGAUAGACUGGGAUGUUUUAACCUUACACUGAAAGGACAUGGAAAGUGUGUAGAAUUUAUGAAGAAAUGGAACCUGCCCUUGUUACUCUUAGGAGGCGGAGGUUAUACUAUCAGAAACGUAGCCAGAUGUUGGACAUAUGAGACAUCUUUAGCACUUGGUGCAGAUGUAGCAAAUGAGUUACCAUAUAAUGAUUACUUUGAAUAUUAUGGACCAGACUUCAAAUUAAAUCUCAGUCCUUCAAACAUGGCUAACCAGAACACUGGAGAAUAUUUAGACAAAAUCAAGACAAGAUUGUUUGAAAACCUUAGGAUGUUACCUCAUGCUCCAGGUGUACAAAUGCAAGCAAUUCCUGAAGACGCUCUUAAUGAUGAAAGUAACGAAGAUGAAGACAAAGAUAACACUGAUGAAAGAAUUUCAAUCCGAGCCAGUGACAAAAGGAUAGCUUGUGAUGAAGAUUUCUCUGACAGUGAAGAUGAAGGUGAAGGUAGCAGAAAAGACAAACAAAAUUAUAAACCUAAAUCUAAACGUCCCAGGACUGACGAUGAUAAAAAUAACUCGUCCGAGAAAGCAGAGACACAGGAAGAAAAGAAGGAAGUUAAAAAGGAAACAACAGAGACAAAAGAAGAGACAAAAGCAACACAAGAAAAAACGGAAGAAAAAACAGAACUGGUGGACAAAAAAGAAAAAUCUCCACCAGCCAAAUCAGAAACUCCUGAAUCAGCACCUAAAGAAGACACUGUUACUAAAAUGGACAUGUGAAUGUUGGUUGUGUAUUCUGUGGAGGCCAUUUUCUCAUCACAUCAUUCAUCAUUACAUGACAGACUUAUGUGCAAUUUCAGAGGACAAUAUAUAGUGAUAAAAGAGAUCUGAGCUAUUAUGAUUAUUAUUAGAAGAUUACAGGAAAAAAACAAAUAUUUAUCUACAUUUUUUUAACUCAAUUUUAAAUCACCAUCAUGAUACCAUCGUUAUUUCCACGGAUUAUAUAUGAUAAAAGUAUUCAAGUUCACAUGCUAGCUGUUGAAAGCAUUUAUCAUCAAAAUCAUUAAUCUGUUACAAGGAAAUAGAAGACUGUAAUUUAUUAUCAACAUUUUAAUUUUAUAUGAAUUUUGUACAUGUGAAAGAAAUAAAUUGUACUGAACCUA